UCCUCCAUCCUCUUACUCAAUACCCACAGACCUCGAAAUUCUACGACCACCUACCUCAUCAUCAACCUCGAUAAACGUUAAAACCUAUACUAUUUCGACUAAAUUGAUCUAUUACACUACCGCGGGAUCUAAGAUGUUUCAACGGGCUAUCGCCACUGCUCCGCGGGCGGCCGCGAGGGCAUUAUCAACCCCGACCCGGGCAUUUGGACCUUCUUCGGCACGGAUUGCAACACCCGUCAUCGCCAACCGCAUCGCAAAUGGCCGCAGACAAUACCAUGAGAAGGUGUUAGAUCACUAUUCUAGGCCGCGCAAUGUUGGAAGCAUGUCCAAGGCUGAUACCGAUGUCGGAACCGGACUUGUUGGCGCUCCAGCUUGUGGUGAUGUGAUGAAGCUCCAGAUCCGCGUGGAUCCCACCAACAACACCAUUUCCGAUGUGAAGUUCAAGACCUUCGGAUGCGGUUCAGCAAUCGCCUCAUCAUCAUACUUGACGGAGUUGGUUCGGGGAAUGACCCUGGAGGAGGCCGGAAGGGUGCGGAAUACGGAGAUCGCCAAAGAAUUAUGUUUACCUCCAGUGAAACUUCAUUGCUCCAUGUUGGCGGAGGAUGCAAUCAAGUCGGCAAUUUCAAACUACUACACUAAGAACCCGGCGUCCAAGGCUACUAAUCUCGGUGGAACCGGCUCAAGCAUGUCGAAGAUUGAUAUGGAGACUGUGGCCCAGGGAUCAUCGGCGACCGCUUAGGUGUGAGAAUACUUGUCAUGGAGAGUACGUGUGCGGCCAUGGAUGGAUGGCAUGACGAGAGUUUUCAAAGUCGGGGAAUCCACGGGGAAUUCACGGGGAAUUCGUAUGUAAACGAAAAACAAUUGGUAAGCAGAGCGACUUCUGCUUAAUGGCGGGCUGGGUUCUAUGAAAAUUGGUACCCGGAAAUAGUAUUGGACCAGUUGAAAAGUGCCAUGCGACUUAACUCUCCUCCUUGGAUUAUGUAUAUUUAGGGGUUCGAUAUUGCUCACUGUUCCAAAUUGGGAUUACUUAGUUUGAACGCAGGGCCGUUCUAUGAAAAAUAAAUUCAGAACCUAUUA